UCUCGGAGGUCCCCUUUCCCGUAAAAAACCCCCGCGAAAAGAUCCAAACAAUUCCUCGGAUCGUCCGUCCCGUUCCUUGCAGAAGAACAAACUACACUCCAGAAAGUCAAAACCCCCAGACAACCGGCGAUUCAGCCGGCGAUGACUGCUUCCUAUGCCGCCGUCUUUAAGCGGCCGCUCACCCCCUCUCCCUCCUCCUCCUCUUCCCUUCUCCCCACCACCUCCUCUCCUCUUUCCUCCUUCCUCCUCCGCGGAAGAAGUCCUCUCUCUUUCUCUCUCUAGGGUUUCUUCUCUCUCCCUCUCUCCCUCUCUCUCUCUAAUGGUGCUCUUCGUUCUCUUCCAGGUCCCGCCUUUGUAUCGUUUUCGGCGUCGUCUUCCUCACUCCCAUGGCGUAGCGCGGGGAUUAGGGUUCUCCGCACGGAGAUGCGUCGCGGCGAGUGCAUCAGGAUCUUUCGAGCAAGAUCGCCUUGGAGACGAUGCUUUUUUACGAGAUCAGGAAGUUCAGGAAAGAAAAGUUGAUCUUAUGAAGAUUCUCAAGGGAGCUAAUUCCAUUAUUCCCCACAUUGUGCUUGGGAGCACAGUGCUGGCUCUUGCUUACCCACCAUCUUUCACGUGGUUCACAAACAGAUACUAUGCGCCAGCACUGGGAUUCUUGAUGUUUGCUGUUGGUGUCAAUUCAAGCCCUAAGGAUUUCAUUGAAGCAAUUCGAAGACCAGAUGCAAUUGCCGCUGGAUAUGUUGGCCAAUUUGUAAUCAAGCCUUUGCUUGGGUUCCUUUUUGGCACCAUUGCAGUUUCAACUUUUAACCUCCCUACAUCUUUAGGUGCGGGAAUCAUGUUAGUCUCAUGUGUUAGUGGAGCACAGCUUUCAAACUAUGCAACUUAUUUGACAGACCCUCCUUUGGCCCCACUAAGCAUUAUGAUGACAUCAUUGUCUACUGCAACAGCUGUUUUUGUUACACCAACAUUAUCUUUCUUGCUUAUUGGCAAGAAGUUGCCUGUAGAUGUAAAAGGGAUGAUGUCCAGUAUAAUGCAGAUUGUAGUUGCACCUAUUGCAGCUGGAUUGCUUUUAAACAGGUCUCUUCCUAGUCUUUGUGCUGCUAUUCAGCCUUUUCUUCCUCCACUGUCAGUGUUUGUGACUGCGUUAUGUGUUGGUGCACCACUGGCAAUAAAUAUCAAAGCCAUUAUGUCGCCUUUUGGAAUAGCUAUUGUGCUGCUGCUUCUCGGAUUCCAUUCAGCUGCUUUUAUUGCUGGUUACAUUCUUACUGGUCUAUGCUUUCAUAAGGUAGCUGAUGUGAAAGCACUGCAAAGAACCAUGUGUUUUGAAACAGGGAUGCAAAGCAGCCUUCUGGCUCUUGCUCUAGCAAACAAAUUCUUCCAAGAUCCUCUUGUGGGCGUGCCUCCUGCCAUCUCUGUUGUGUUGAUGUCUCUAAUGGCAUUUGGCCUUGUGAUGAUAUGGUCCAAGAAGAAAGAUGAGUUGCCGUCUGAUUAGGCCUUACUCUGUUAAACAAAGAUAUGAACAUCUCUUCAUGCAAUUCAGUCGGUUGGACAGCUCGAAUAACAGCACUACCUAAUCCAUACUGAGCAUAAAGAUGGUUUUCUUGUCGGCAACUGAUCUCUACUGGCUCGAAGACAGCACAUGGAACUUGUCAAAACGACCAUUCUUGGAGAGGGUUUCAUUGGAUCCUCUUAUUAUUAUUAUUAUUAUUAUUAUUAUUAUUAUUGAAUCAAAUAGUAAUACUAUAGAGGAUCUGUCAUGAGAUCCUUUUCUUCUUAGAAAUAUAUAUUUAGGGACGAGGUUGCUCUAUUAUUUUCUUACAAGCUAGGCUAUACUGUUUUUAACUGGUUAACAAUAGCUAUGUAUCUCUCGUGGGGCUAUUUGUACCUGAAUCUCUGUAAAAGUAUACCUGGAUGUCUGUAAAUUCUGAAACAAAAAAAAUCAUGUCUUGGAGGGUAAUAUGGAUUCUAGUUGCUGUAUUCCUCAUA